AUGAAGCUCUUCGUGGCUGUGCUUCUUGUGCUCGGCAGUGCAAAUGCUGCUCAGAACGGUCUUGACUUUAUUCAAUCGGUCACACAAUCCACGUUCACUUGCCUCAAAAACGCCGGAAUCACUUUUGUGAUCCCGCGAGUUUACCGAAGUGUCGGAAGCAUUGACUCGACCGGAAUCGCCAAUGUGAAGAACGCGAGAGCAGGUUAGUCAGGGAGUACUGUAUGUUGAGAGACCAUUGAUUGCAGCCGGAAUCACCACCGUCGACGGCUACCUCUUCCCGUGCCUGGCCUCUCACUGCGACACUGCCGCCAACCAAGUCAAGGCCGCCGUGGCUGGAUUGACUGCUCAAGGUACCAAAGUGGACACCCUCUGGCUGGACAUCGAAAGACUCGCGUGGCCCGCCGAUCACACCAGCAACCGCGCGUUCAUCGAGGCGAUGGUCGCGGAGGCGAAGACUCUCGGCCAGACUGUCGGAAUCUACAGUAACUACUACAACUGGCAAGACAUUGUCGGAUUGGACUACACCGGACAGUCGAGUCUGCCGCUCUGGUGGGCCGAGUACGACGGAAUCAAGGACUUCACCAAGUACAAGGCGUUCGGUGGAUGGACGACGCCGAAGAUCCACCAGUGGCACGAUUCGACGACCUCCUCGUGCAGUGUCAGCGCCGAUUUGAACUACAUUCCGUAAGAUAUGAUCGUGAUUGCGUGCUCUGUACAAAUUGACAAAUAAAUUACGUGCCAUCAUUGACCCGCUCUUGAUUUGAAUUGAUGACGUCGUGGGCACUCCCUCCACUCAACCUUGAAUCUCUCAAAUGACCUCAAUCUAAUCGAAGGGUAACUUGGCACGCACAAUCCUUCCAAACCGUUCAUCAUGCAACAUCUUUUUCCGAUUCUCUGCUUAUUUCCAUUGAUCUCUUGCUCCGGAUAUCUCGAAUUGCACCUUCAGAGCCCUUUCAAACAGACUGCCACAAUCAACAUUUCCUCAUCGGUGAAAACUGAAAAAGCCGUGAUCAUUCCUGUUAUUCUAAACCCUGGAAAACCGUUUAAUGUGACCAGAACUCGCGUGAAUUUCGAUCGGAUCUACAAUAUAACCAUCAAGUGUGGAGAAUCUGAAGAGGAAGGUCAGUGUGACCUCAUUCUCCCGGGCACUAUUUAAUGUACUUUAAGGUCUCACUGAAACCACAAUCGUUUCCUCGCUCACUCCGCAAAUCGGUCUCACUCCGCAAAUCGGCCGAAAUGCGAUUUUUUCUGCGAUUCCAAAACAUCAAAUAAAAAUGGGAAAGUGUGCAAUUUCGAAGGGAAAGAAGCGUGCCCGGGCGGCAAAACUGGCGAGAAAUGCGAGAAAAGUCAGUCCCCCAAUCCUCUUUCGUUCAUAUUUUUAUGUUCAGCAUUGGCCCAGAAGGCAUGUGGUUGCCUGAACGACGGAAAGUGCAUCGAUUCGCUCCCGAAGCCAAUUUGUGAAUGUCGAAAGGAAUUCAGUGGGGAGAAGUGUGAAAAGAAACAGAAAUCUGCGUCUCUUACGUCGCAUUAUAAAGGAGAUUUCUGGAACUUUCGGAUGACAUUUUGGCAGAUGAUAUUCUCGAAUUUAGUGGAGAAUAAGCUGGCAGAAGUGAAGCGAUCGGAGGCAUGGGAAACGAUUAACAAGAUUCUCGGAUCGAGCUCCGAUACUCCAUUCAACGGACGUCCAAAUGGAACAUCUUCUUUUCCGGUAACCGGAUCGGUUGAUCUGAGCUCGAUCUCUGAACAAUAA